AUGUCAAUCAACACGGCAAACACGCCCGACGGACUGGGCGUCCUACUGUACAACGGAGAGACAAUUGUGAUUUUCGCGCAGGGUGUGGUGAUGACGUUAGGCACUAGUGAGAAUCAGAAUCUGGAAGGCCGCCGAACGGGAACGAUCUAUUUGACGUCGCAUCGAAUCAUAUUCAUGCCGGACCCCACUGGAAACAACGAUUGGCUGAAAUCGUUCGAAAUCCCGUUCAACAAUAUGCAGGACGUGAACUUGAAUCAGCCGAUUUUUGGAGCCAACUAUCUGUGCGGCGUCGCUUCAGCCGUUCAAGGCGGUCAAAUGCGUGGCGAGGUGCCGUGGCGAAUGACAUUCAAUCGUGGCGGAUGCAUCGAAUUCGGUCAAUCCCUGCUUCAGGCCGUCGACCGCGCCAACCGCAUGCGGCCGGCCAAUGCGCCGCCCGCCUACGCGCCGCCCAUCGGAGCGUUCUACUCGGCACCGCCUGCGUACUAUCAACCGUCGCCGGAUCAAGGACCCAAUGGCUUCAACCCGACCACCGACUCGUUUCCCGAUCAACCGAACCCAUCUCGCGUGUUCAUGAGCUCCGCCCCUCCACCGUACCCGGGAAUCGGACCAGAACGCGGUCCACACCCGACAGAAGAGCUCCACGUGGCUGGGCAAUUCGAAGCGCCGCCAGCGUAUUCGGGAGCCGGAGAGACCGCAGAGGGAUUGAGAAAUCGAAGAAAUUGA